AUGCGUUGGACAGUCGUUCUUUCAAUUCUCUCGUUUCUAUCAGCUGGACCGGUGCAAGUUUCGGCAAUGCAAAAAGCUGGGCUAGCACUUCCAGAUCCUGUAUUGGCCUCGAAAUACCGCGACUUGGUCAAGGACAUUUUCAGGACGAGCUACGCCGCUUAUAAGCAAUACGCGUGGGGCCAUGAUAAUCUCGCUUCUAAAAGCCGGUCGUAUUCUGACGCUCGGAAUGGCUGGGGUGCUUCCAUUAUCGACGCUAUGAGCACUAUGUAUGUUAUGGACCUGGGUGACCUCCUCAACGAUGCUAUUGCCUACGUUGGUACCGUCAAUUUUCGCUCAUCAAAGACUUUGGAUCACGUCAGGUAUAUCGUAGGCUUUUAUAGCAUCUUCGAGACGACAAUACGGUAUCUUGGGGGCAUUCUUAGCGUUUAUGAACUCCGGGGAUCCAAGGAUAAGGUGCUUCUUAAGCAGGCUGUCGACCUUGGCGAUAAGAUGGCCUAUCCCUGGGUCGGGGACAAUAACCUACCUUUUGGUACAAUUGAUUUCACGUCAGACAAGCCUGAUGUCGAUACGGCAAGUACGAACAUCGCUGAAGCUGGUACAUUACUCAUGGAAUGGGCUACGUUAAGCGCAUAUACCGGCAACGACACAUACCGCAAACUGGCCGACAAAGCCAUACGCCAUAUAGCGGGUCAGGACGCUCCCUUCCCCGGUCUCGCUGCGCAAAUUAUCGAUCGUCCUUCAGGAAAAUUUGUAGGGGGAUACGUCGGCGGCGGUUCUGACAGCUACCUCGAAUACCUGCUCAAUAUCUAUUAUCGCGUUCCACUGUUGGCAAUCAUCUUUACACUCGUGAUUAUGAUGCGUCAUCGAAGACAUUUUACGACGUCGGCUCACAUUUGGCUUUGUUUUCAUGCUGGCAACUGGUUGUACGGCGGAACUAUCCUUCAAAAUCAGACUAUUGUAAAUACUGCCCUGGAACUACUGGAUGGAUGUUGGAAUACGUACGCCAGCACAGAGACAGGGAUAGGGCCUGAAGCCUUCGCUUACAUCACUCCCGAACAGAGCGACAGAUCACUCUCAUCGAAUCAACGACCAGAAGUCCUCGAAUCAAACUUCUAUGCUUGGAGAAUAACCGGAGAUUCCAAGUAUCUUGAUCGGGUGGCCAAAGCAGUCGACAAUUUCCAGAAAUACCUGCGAACAGACGUUGCAUACGAUGGUAUCUACAACGUGGAUGACCAGACGCCGACCAUGGUUAACAAUAUGGAGAGUUUCUGGUUUGCGGAGGUGUUGAAGUAUCUGUAUCUGACGUUUGAUGAUCCUACAAACAUGAGCAUCGACGAUUAUGUUUUCAAUACCGAAGCGCAUCCGUUCAGAAAGUUCAAGUCGGAAUGGACAUUAGUUGGUCCACCGAUAACUCUGUGA